CAAGGCCCCGACCCGUAGGCCCUAGGACAAAUCAGGGGACCUUCUACCUGUCUGUCCAUCUACCCUCCCUCUGUCCGAAGGCCAUCCGCCCAGUCUAUCCAUCUAGAUCAUCAGCGGUCCAUCCCUUCCUGCCUGGCACGCUCUGUCCAGCCGCCCAGCUCCACGACGUUGACCAGCGAUGACAUCUGGAGAGCCCCUGCACGUGAGGACCCCCAUCCGUGACAGCAUGUCCCUGUCCAAGGUGGCGGGCACCAGCGUCUAUCUCAAGAUGGACAGCGCCCAACCUUCAGGCUCCUUCAAGAUCCGGGGCAUCGGACACCUCUGCAAGAUGUGGGCUGAGCAAGGCUGUGAACAUUUCGUCUGCUCCUCGGCGGGCAACGCGGGCAUGGCAGCCGCCUAUGCCGCCAGGAAGCUGGGCAUCCCUGCCACCAUCGUGGUGCCCAGCACCACACCCGCCCUCACCAUUGAGCGGCUCAAGAACGAGGGCGCCAUGGUCACAGUGGUGGGCGAGAUGCUGGACGAGGCCUUCGAGCUGGCCAAGGCCCUGGCGAAGAACAACCCGGGCUGGGUCUACAUCCCUCCCUUUGACGACCCCCUCAUCUGGGAAGGCCACACGUCCAUCGUGAAGGAGCUGAAGGAGACGCUGAGUGCAAAGCCAGGGGCCAUCGCGCUGUCGGUGGGCGGCGGGGGCCUGCUGUGCGGCGUGGUCCAGGGGCUGCAGGAGGUGGGCUGGGGGGACGUGCCUGUCAUCGCCAUGGAGACCGCCGGAGCCCACAGCUUCCACGCUGCCACCACCGCCGGCAAGCUCGUCUCCCUGCCCCAGGUCACCAGCGUGGCCAAGGCCCUGUGCGUGAAGACCGUGGGGGCUCAGGCCCUGAAGCUGUUCCGGGAACACCCCAUUUUCUCUGAAGUUAUCUCCGACCAGGAGGCGGUGGCCGCCAUCGAGAGGUUUGUGGAUGACGAGAAGAUCCUGGUAGAGCCGGCCUGCGGGGCGGCCCUGGCCGCCGUGUACAGCCGCGUGGUGCAGAAGCUGCAGGCCCAGGGGAAGCUCCGGGCCCCGCUGUCCUCGCUCGUGGUCAUCGUCUGCGGCGGGAGCAACAUCAGUCUGGCCCAGCUGCGGGCCCUCAAGGAGCAGCUGGGCAUGAAGAACGGGCUGCCGGAGUGACGGCCUUUCUCCCCGGGGUGGGGGGACCCUGGAGGAGCCGGAGUUUUAUCCAGCGCCUCGCUCUACACAGUACUUGCGUGUCCGUCCGUGAGGCUGCGGCCCAGCCCAGUCGUCCCCAUCAUGCCCGCGAGCCCGCUGCGCCCAGGGGACCAGAGCCCCAGCGUGGGGGACGGCUCUGUGACUGUCCUAGCCACCCCUGCUAGGUGACGGCCACCCGAGUGUCCCAUACCAGGCCCCCUGGGCAGGGCGGGCCUCCUCCCUGGGAGGUACAGAGGGCCGUGUCUUCUCCCCGGGGGAAGCCCAGCCCCGCCCCUGGGCAGUUUUCUAAUUGCAGACUUUUUCCUUGAAAAAAAAUAUAUAUAUUUAUGAAAUGAA